AUGGCCUACUCUUAUGACGAUCCUGUCAUUCAAACUGCCCACUUAAUCAACGUCCCCAAUCGCCUUGAGGUCGAGCUUGCCAACCUCAAAUCGGUCUACAACCGCCCCCCCAACACGAUGGCCAGCUUCAAUCCUGACAGCCACCUCCUGGACCGCUUCGAGCACAUGCAACGUGUGGGAACGGAAGUUAACAUCACUGACAGAUUCGAACUCUUCCUCUUGGGUGAUGGAGAGAAGAAGAUCACUGAGGCUGUUGAUACUCGCACCCCAAACUCAUCUAUCUUUACCAUCUUGAAGGAGGACCACACCCUGGCCAACCUCCUGCGCGCCCACCUGCUCAAAGACCCUCACGUCACCUUCGCUGGUUACAGAGUCCCCCACCCCCUCUUCGCCACCAUCGAGCUCCGCGUCCAAACCGACGGCACCCUCACCCCCAAAGAAGCCGUCAUCGGCAUCGCCAAAUCCCUCGUGGCCGAGCUGGCUCAGCUGAGCCGUGAAUUCACCAAGGAGUUCGAGCUGCGCAAGAUGGUGACGGGCGCGGCUGCGGAUACCAACCAGGGCCAGUAG